AUGAAGAGGAAACGAAGUGGUAUUAAUACCGAUCACUAUAGCAAGAAGCGUCCAUUUUCAAGACAAGUGAUCAAAAACUCCAUUACUAUGGAUUUUGAGAAGCAACAAGAGAAAAUGAUGAAGCAAAAGUCAAACGAAGAGGCAGAACGGAAGAUGUUGAAAGAACCUCACUCCAUCGUCAUUCAUCGUGGAAAAGUUGGACAGUUUGUGCGAACUCUGGAAAAGGAUAUGCGUGUUAUCAUGGAACCUUUUACUGCUUCGAAGCUUAGAGUGAUGAAACGGAACAAUCUAAAAGAUUUCAUCGUGAACGGUGCAGUUCUUGGUGUUACACAUUUGCUUGUGUUGACUCGCGGAGAAAACUGGAUAACACUGAGAACUAUUCGAUCUCCUCAGGGACCAACAUUGACCUUCCGAGUGAAAGAAUACACGCUAGCAAGGCAUAUUAUUUCCGCAUCAAAGCGCAAAAUGCAUUUCCAACGAUUAUUCACUACUGCUCCACUUGUUGUGAUGAGUGGUUUCAGCUCAAACUGCGGUCAACAUUUGCGACUUGUACAGUCUGUGUUCCAAAAUAUGUUCCCUACAGUGAAUGUUGACACGGUGGAUUUGUCUACUAUUCGACGCUGUGUGCUGAUCAACUACAAUAUCGGUGAUGACACUGUCCAGCUGAGACAUUAUGCAAUCAAAGCAGUUCCUGCAGGACUAAGCAAGUCGACCAAAAAGUUAAUUCAAAGCAAGAUUCCGGACUUAUCGAAAUACAAGAAUAUCGAAGAUUACUUUUUAAGCCCAGGCCAGUUGAGCGAAAGUGAGUAUGAGUUUGAACAAAAGGAGGUCAAACUACCGCAAUACCUGACAACACGAGGAUGUUUAGAAGGACAGAAAACAAAUAUAAGACUUUAUGAACUUGGCCCUCGGCUGACGCUGCAAUUAACGAAAAUCGAAGAAGAUAUUGAUGAGGGCGAAGUUCUUUAUCAUGCUUACAUCACCAAAUCUCCCAAGGAAUUGAUGCAGUUAAGGAAAGAAUUGCCAAAAAAAAAGAAAUUGAAGAAGAAGAUGCAAAUAAAAAAUGAGCAACGAGUCAUCCAUCGUUUGAAAACUCUGAAUGAAAAGAAAAUCAAAUUGGAGGAAGCUUUAAAGGAAAAAAGAGAAAAAUUAAUGAGGAAACAUAAAGAAAUUACUGGUCAUGAACACUUCGAUGAUUAG